UGUAAAAUGACUUGUUAUCCUAAAAAAGAAUAUCCGUCAUAUAUGUAGUAUAUAUUCUCUCUUACUCCCUCUUUUUUUUUUCUUUUCUGAUCGAGGGGAUAUUUUGGAAAAGAAUUAAAGAGUGGAGUAAAAAAUUCAAUUACAAUAAAGUAUUCUUAUUCCUAAUUUAUUGUUAUCGUCAUCAAGUUAAGUUGUAAUGAACAAAAUCGUAUCCAAAUCAAUUGUGGCAAAUUUUAAUGGCUAUCUUAACGACGUUAUUUGUCUACAAAACCGUAGAAUUAACGCCUUCGCAAUAUUUCAUGGCGUUAAUCCUCUGGAAUUUUCCUUCACCAGUUUGCUCUUAGAAAUGUGUACAGUUCUUAUUCUAAGCCACAUUUUACGUUUGAUCUUGAAGCCUCUCAAACAACCGAGAGUCAUUUCUGAUGUCCUUGCGGGCAUAAUAGUUGGACCAUCAGUCUUAGGUCAAAACGAAACAUUUGCUAAGCAUGUUACUCCAGAAAGCUCGAGAUUUGUAAUACAAAAUAUCGGGAUCAUAGGGUUCAUAUUUUUCGUGUUUGUGACUGGGGUGAGAAUGGAUAUAUCUGUGCUGACCAAGGCUGGGAAGAAGCAUUGGGUAAUUGCAUUAGCUGGGUUGUCAAUCCCCCACAUUAUCAUAUGGUUUGUAGCAAUAUGGAUAAGGGAUUUAAUAGUAGAUCCAAUUCUCCAAAAUCAAUCUUCCAUUGGUACUAUUAGUUCAUCAAUGAUUAUAUCAUCUUUCCCGGUAAUUUAUUCCGUUCUGAGAGAAAUGAAACUAUUAAGCUCGGAAAUAGGGCGUCUUGCCUUAACAACAGUUAUCAUAAGCGACGUGGUUGGGAUAUGUAUGAUUGUUUUAUUUGAAGCCAUGAAGCAAGGAGAAGUAAAAAAGAUUCGUGCAUUGUAUUACUUUCUUUCGGUAAAUGGGGUAAGUGCAUUAGUAAUUAAUGGCAUACCACAAGUAAUGCAAUGGAUUAACAGGCAAACUCCAGAAGGUAAACCUGUGGAAAAAAGUUAUAUAAUUGCUACUUUGCUAGGAGUUUUUGUAAUGGGUUUUACCACAGAUUUUAUUGGGGCUGCAAUUGCAAAUGGACCUUUAUGGCUUGGUCUAGCCAUACCUCAUGGUCCCCCAAUGGGUGCAACAAUUGUGAAAAAAAGUGAGGCUAUUAUGAAUGACAUUCUUAUGCCCUUUGCAUAUCUUACUAUUGGGCUCAACACAAAUAUCUUUGCAAUGACUGAUUGUUGGCCUUGCAUAACUCUCAUUUUUGUUUUGGUUUUUAUAACCAUUUUUACCAAGUUUGUCACUGUUUUUAUGGCGGCACAAUUUCUGGACAUGUCAUUUAAAGAUUCACUUACUAUAAGCUGCAUGCUCAACCUCAGAGGUCAAACAGAAUUUUUACUAUGUCUUCAUUGGCUGGAUUUAAAGAUCAUAAAGACGCCAUCUUUCUCAACGGUGGUAAUUUUUAUAAUCAUAUUGACGAGCACAGUCUGCCCAAUAAUCGAAUUUCUUUACGAUCCAACAAAACCAUAUAUGAUCAACAAGAAACGCACCAUACAACAUGCAAAGGAAGAUUCUGAACUUCGAAUCUUAACAUGCAUUUACGACCAAGAAAGUAUCGCUAACCUAUUUAACUUCCUGGACUUCUCUAAUCCGACUACGAAGAACCCAUUUAAAGUUUUUACUCUUUACCUUAUCGAACUCCUUGGGAGAGGAGCCCCAAUGUUCAUCGACCACAAAAAGUCGAAUGGUGAAUAUUGGGACAAUAAUAAUGAGGUUAUCCACAAUAUCGUCAAGCUUUACGAAGAAGUUCGUAAGGGGUUUAUAUCUAUUAAUUUUUUUACUAGUGUUACACCUACUCGAACCAUGUACCAAGACAUAUGUGACAUCGCCGUGUCGAACAAAGUGGACUUUAUUAUUUUACCUUAUCAUAAGAAAUGUAUUGAAGAUGAGAAUAAUUUUUCAACUUGCAUACUUAGGUCAGGGGUACAAUCUUCUAAUGCUAACACGUUAUCCCAUGCACCAUGCUCUGUGGGAAUUUUAGCAUGCAAGAAUGUUGUUGCAUGGGGGACACUCCCAACUCGAAUAAUCCAUCGGAUACAGCGCAAAUUUGCCAUACUCUUCCUUGGUGGGCCUGAUGCCCGUGAAGCCCUUUCAUUAGCAGGUCGCAUGGUGGAACAUCCUGAUGUGUCAUUAAUCGUAGUUCGAUUUUUGCCAAGCGGGUACAUAGAGGAUGAUAUAUUGGAAAGGAGGAUGGAUGAUGGGGCAAUAACUUCAUUUUGGGUAAAAAAUGAGAGGAAUAAUAAUGUAGUGUACAAGGAAUUUUUCGUGAGCAAUGGUUCUGAAACAAUUUCGGUAGUGCAAUCAUUGAACCACAUCAUUCCGAUAGAUCUUUGGAUUGUAGGAAGGAAAAAUGGAAUUAAUCCAGCCUUAUUAAAUGGUUUAUCAGAAUGGAGUGAUAAUUCAGAAUUAGGAUUAUUAGGAGAUUUUUUAGUAUCAGUGGAUUUUGAUACCUCAGGGUCAAUAUUAGUCGUGCAGCAACAAGUAUUAAGAGAUCAAGGACCUAGUCGUUGGACUUGUUCGUAGUUAAGAUUUUGUGUUAGAUUAUUUGUAGACAAUAUAUACAAAAAUUGGUUACCCCU